CCACAACAGAUAUCCAUACCAUCGAAUUCCAAAAAAGAGGUCUGCCGCAUGUACAUCUAUUGGUCUGGCUUCAUGAGGCUGCCAAACUGAAAACUAUUCAGGCCAUUGAUGCCACCAUAUCUACAGAACUACCAGAUCCAGAAAAGGACCCUCUUGGAUACGCAACUGUCGCGAAGUUCAUGCUCAAUGGGCCCUGCGGCCAGGAAAAUCACAAAUCUCCGUGUAUGGUUGAAGGGAAGUGCAAGAAAUUCUUCCCAAAGUCGUUCAACUCGACAACGACAUACGACCACAACGAGUACAUUGUUUAUCGGCGUCGAAAUGAUGGUCGAACUUUUGACAAGAGAAAUGGUAUCUAGACAACCGACAUGUGGUUCCCUACAACCGCAACUUACUGGUAAUGUUUCAGGCUCACAUCAAUGUUGAAAUCUGCCACAAAGGUAGGCUCAUCAAAUAUCUUUUCAAGUAUGUCACGAAAGGGCCCGAUCGAGCCACAGUUAUUGCAGAGAACUCUCCGGUUGACCAACCAGGUACCUUAGGUGUUAAUACACGAGAGGUUCGAGAUGAGAUAAAGCAAUACCUAGACUGUCGUGUGUUAUCCUCAUUCGAAGCAAUGUGGCGACUAUAUGAAUUCCCCAUACAUGAGAGAACACCAUCAGUUGUUUGUCUGCCUGUCCACUUAAAGGAUCAACAAUCUGUUGCAUAUGACCCUGAUGCAUCUCUACAAUCAGUUGUUGAGGACCAAGAAAAGGCAAAGACCUUGCUCACUGAGUAUUUCACACUCAACCGCGUGGAUCCACAUGCUAGGUCACUAACCUAUGCUGAUAUACCUACUGCCUUUACAUUCCAUCUACGGCCAAAACAUUGGGCCAGGCGAAAGCUUGGAAAUGUUAUCGGCCGCAUCGUCUUUGUGCCACCGGGAUCGACUGAUGUUUACUUCCUCCGGAUGUUGCUUACAAAAGUACCUGGUGCUACCAGCUUUGAGGAUCUCAUGACAUUGAACGGUGAUCUCUGUAAAGACUAUAAAGAAGCAUGCUCAAAAGGUGGUCUCUUAAUAGAUGACACCGAACCUCAAGCAACUAUUGGAGAGGUUGGUCAUUGGGGAAUGCCAACCUUACUAAGAUCUUUGUUCGUGAUGAUCUUAGUACAUUCUGAAGUAGCUGACCCAAGGGCUUUAUUUGAGGAUAAUUGGAAGCUCUUUGCCGAAGAUUUCUCUUAUCAAACCCGCCGUGGUUUGGACCUUCAGCACUUUCAACCACCAGCUGAGUACCUGAAGAAUGAGGUUUUAAAGCAUAUCGAGGCUCUUUUACACAACCAUUCCAAGACUCUUGCUGAUUAUAAUUUGCCACAACCCAAUGAAGAUGCUGGAGCUUCUAUCCCCAACAGAUUGGUUUGUGAACAGCUUAAUUAUGAUGUCUGCAUAGAACAAUGCAGAGCCACCGAGAUCUUUGCGACCUUGAAUCAUGCCCAAUCUGAAGCCUACCGCAAGGUAAUGGAUUCUGUUGCACACGGAGUUGGGAAGUUUUUUUUUCCUCUACGGACAUGGUGGUUCAGGAAAGACCUAUCUAUACAAUACAAUCAUUGCCAAACUUCGCAGCCAACAGAAGAUAGUUUUGGUCGUUGCUUCAUCAGGCAUUGCAACGACUCUACUUCCAAAUGGAACAACUGGCCAUUCUAGGUUCAAGAUUCCAAUAGAUAUUGAUGCUUCUUCUAUUUGCAAGGUUAGGAAGGGCACUCACCUAGCAGAAUUAUUGCAGCAAACUGCGUUGAUUGUAUGGGAUGAGGCACCGAUGACUCAUCGGUUUUGCUUUGAAGCACUAAACAAAACCUUAUGCGACAUGAUGGAUGUGCCUGCCAAUGGACAAGGUCACAGGCCGUUUGGUGGGAAGACGGUUCUUCUCGGUGGGGAUUUUAGGCAGAUCCUGCCCGUAAUACCAGGAGGUGGUCGGGAAGCAACUCUUGAUGCAUCUAUAGUUCGGUCCCCAUUAUGGGCACACUACGAACUGCUAUGUUUGCAACAGAACAUGAGCAUCAAUGAUGAUUCUGUGAAUGAAAAUAGGAUCUUCAACGGCAUGACCUUCCCGCAGUGGGUUCUUAGUGUUGGGAAUGGACUUGCGCCUGCAGUCUCUCUCUUUGCACGAAAGUUGUGAACGCAGUUGGAUGCAGAUCCCACAGUACCUCAUCCUUCCAAAGAAAGGGAACUCGGUACAGCCAGUCAUUGAUUAUGUUUUCCAAGGCCUUCUUGACUCCUACAGGUCAGUCGCGUUUCUGAAAAGUCGAGCUAUCAUAACGCCGACUAAUGAUACAGUUUCACAGGUUAAUUCUGAAAUUCUUUCAUGCAUUCCUGAGGAAACAAAAACAUACUUCAGCAUGGAUAGUUUAUGUUCUGAAUCAACAGACAAUGCCGACCUAGACAGUUUGUACCCGGUUGAAUUCCUCAAUUCCCUCUCUUUCAAUGGGAUGCCAGAGCAUGAACUUUCUCUAAAGCUUUAUGCACCUAUUAUGCUGCUUAGAAACAUAGAUCCAGCAACUGGUUUGUGUAACGGAACACGGCUGAUGAUCAUCCAUCUUGGCGAAAAUGUCAUAAAAGGAGUUAUACUGACGGGUACUAACGAGGGAAUGGUUGUCGCUGUACAGCGAAUCGCUCUGAACUUGAGUGACAAGAAAUGGCCUUUUACAAUGAAGUGGAGGCAGUUCCCAGUGCGACUGUGCUAUGCCAUGACAAUUAACAAGAGUCAGGGACAGACUCUAGAAAGAGCAGGCGUGUUCUUACCAAAUCCCGACUUCAGUCAUGGGCAAUUGUAUGUAGCUGUUUCAAGGGUUCGAUCGGCAGAGGGACUUAGUUUCCUCAUUCACAAUGGUGACGACAUCCCUGCAAAUUACACAAAGAACGUUGUCUAUGCGGAGCUUUAUGAUGAAUUGUCUCUGCCUGGUAAGUUCGUACAAGCCCUUCCAUGCAUUGACAACAUCAACAUAGCUACUGAACUUGGACCUUGAAUGCACUCCUUAUUACAUUUGCUCUGUGACAGGUUCAACUGUUCCAAGCCAAGUCAGGUAGCAAAUUUCUUGGUACACAGGUGUGUCUUUUACGCUUUGAACCGAUUUAGCUUUUUAGACAUGGCAGAUGUUUGAUUUGUAUAAGGUUAUGUUUUUGGGGAACAAAUUUGGAUGAGCCAUCUCCACGCAUUUCUAUAACUGGUAUAGUCAUGCAAUUUCCUUACUUCAAAUAAUUUAUGUUCUUUAUGUAGGCAAGCUCUCAAGGGUCAUGUCACGUUCAAUGGACCUUCAGAAGCUCCUCCCAUCUUGCCUAUCAAUUGCCUUGCUCCUACAAUCGUGCUUUUAUCCUGUCAUCAUCACAGUAUUUUGCAAGCUAACGAUCAUGGUAUUGACUAUGAUUAGAUUCCCAAAUGUACACUACACUGUGAAACAGAUGUAUUCAGUGACUGUGCUUCCAAAUUUCCACCCAGCAAUUGAGGUUUGCUAGCCUGCUUAGUGGCACGCCUUUUGUCCUAAGUUUCUUAGUAGAAACAUGGAAUUCCCUUCAUCAUCAUUGUCGCUUUCAUAUAUCAAUAUUGGGGACAACAUUGUGUAUUCUUGGAUGGUGUUUACAAUGUGUUCAUAUCAGUUCCCAUGCCGAGUUUAGGUUAUCAUGUCCUCAAUUUCAUGAAUGGUGUUCAUAUGCUCUCCAGGUCCUUUAUCACUUUAGUUGAAACCGACACUGUUAGCUCAUGGUUCACCAUGUUAGACGCAGUUCCUGAUUACCCUCGAUACAUCUGGACAAGUUCAACUAUAUUAUUUGUUUCCUUUUCAUGUCCUCCAUGCAUUUGUAAGAAACUUGCUUUAUCUUUCUACUGACUCCAUUAUGAACUGCAGCCUAGAUGCCAGUCUAAACACCAAAAUAGACCAAGGACGGAGCAUGUGCUAUUCCUAAGGUGGGCCAAGAAGUCAAGAACAACUCAACAAAUUUAAUAAAUAGGUUGCACGGGA